UUAUUAUAAUUGGAGACCAGUCAAAUCAAUGGCUGCGCCCAUGUGUCAGAUUUUGUUGAAAACUAGGUACUGUUUUCUUUAAAUAAAAGCUCUCAUCAUGGCUGACAACAACUUCAAGUUUAGCGAAAAACCAAGUUUGGAAGAAAUUCGCCAGAAACAGCAGGAGUUUGCACAGGAGCGAAAUUGGGACCAGUAUCACACACCUCGUAACCUGCUCAUGGCCCUUGUUGGCGAAGUUGGAGAACUUGCUGAAAUAUUCCAGUGGAAAGGAGAGGUUAAAGAAGGACUUCCAGAUUUUGGUAUUAAAGAGCGUGAUCACGUGGGACAGGAGCUAGCGGACGUGUUCCUUUAUCUGGUACGACUAUCGGAGAAAUGUCACAUUGACCUUCCUUCUGCUGUGUGGCAGAAAAUACAGAAAAAUGCCCAGAAAUAUCCAGCCGGUGUUGUUUAUGGGAAGAGUGAUAAAUAUACAGAGUAUGUGCAGAAUGGAACAAUAUCUUCAGCUGCGGAUGGUGGGGGAAAUCAGUCUCAAGAAAUUGACAGUAAUAACGAUGGUGCAGAAAACAGAUAAUUACUCCAGACUGAAAGUUUUGUUUUUAUUUGUGAACUUAUUUGGUUUUACAUCACAUAAAAACAAUCAUUUUGUGUUCAUAGAAAAUUAUUGACUUAACAACUCAUUUAAUUGUUGUUUCCUUGUAUGUUUGUCAGUUUUUUACAUGUACAUAUAGUUUUAGAUAUGUUUUCCUAAAAUAUUUUUAUGUUUAAAAUAUUUUUCUUUGAUUAUUGUAAUUUUAUUUUCCAGUUUUGACAGGGCACUGUUGUUGUAAGUUUUUGCAUUAUACAUGUAUGCUAAUGAUUGUGGAUCCACAAUAAACACAUGAUUUUA